UGUCCACGUGGGUGCGGUGCCGAGUUGCGUAGUAUCACUCGUUAAAUCGGACCUCACCUUGUCCACUUCUUCUGCCUCCUUGCAAUGACGAACAACACUGAAAGCAAAAAGAUCCCAGAGGGGUUUGAGGGCCUUAUCUCUGCCCUUGAGGCGACCAAGCGUCCUUUCUAUUGCGCCGGCAGCUUGCCACUUGAUGAGAAUAAACCCAUUGCCAUUCUGGUUCGGGAUGCGCCUAGCGAUUUGCCAUCCAAAUUCACCCCGGUCUCCUUCCCACUAAAGAAUAAGAGCGACAUCAUGCCCCUCAUCAAUGCGUCUAAUCAGGCGUCAUUUGGGAAGGGAGGGGAAGCGGUGAUUGAUCCUUCAUACCGUCGCGCUCUCGUGCUGCACAAGAAAGACUUUGGGAUCUGUCCUGCAGGAAGUCUUGAUCCUCACGAUUUGGGAAUCCUCAACUCGAUUUCGAGGAUGCUUCUUCCUUCGUUUUCCCUUCCUGCUAAAAAGAUGAGUGAUGAAGAUGAAGAAAUGUCUAGUGCUUCGGACGAGGAUGAAUACGAUGCUCCGGACGAGGAUGAAGACGCUGGAGGUGCUCGUAUUAUUGCUCGACUGGACAAACUUAACGUUUACUCCGAGGGAGACUUCUUCAAGGGACACGUCGACACCGCUCGCUCCUCAGACAUGUUCGGAACGCUGUUGAUAAACUUGCCCGUCAGACACGAGGGGGGUCAGCUUGUGGUCAAGGCACCGAUGGUGAAAAGUAGUGACACUGACCUGAAACAGGAUGAGUACACCACGAAAUGGGGAAGUGGUACAGAUCUCGAGUGGAUUGCCUUCUUUUCUGACUGUGAGCAUGAAGUUUUGCCGGUCACAAGCGGCAACCGAGUGACACUCACAUUUACGCUCUCGUUUGACAACACCAACAACGGUGCUGAACCAUUCGGUGCCGAGAUCGUGGCUAAAUCUCGAUAUCCCAAGAUUGAACUGCUGCAUCGUGCACUCACUGCUCCUGGCAUAUUCACCCAAGAUCACCCUCGUCUAUGUUUUUAUUUGGAACACAGAUAUCCCAUAGACGGGAUGAGCGAGAGGGCUGAUUCAGUUAAGCACAAGCUCAAAGGCCGUGACGCCAUUCUUUACCAUUUACUGGUUCAAGCGGGCGUUACCGUCACCUUUCACCACGUUCUCUUCCCUGACGAUCCCAAGUACUGCGGUAUCAGUGAACAUGACGAUGAUCAAGUGUGUGCAAUACUCCCUCAAUCUGUAGACCGGCUCGAAGGGUAUGAUGGGGAAGAAGAAAACGGACUAGACGAAAUCGUCAUUACCCAAGGAGGUCGCAGCCCUCGGCAGCUAGAUAUCAUCGAGGUCACUGGAGAUCCUAAGUUUUUCGUCAAAGUAGAUUAUGCUGUUCAGGGCAAUGAGCCUGCCUCGGUUCAUGCGGCCUAUGGCACCGUAUGCAUGGUGGCAACCAUGCAAGGAUGUGACGUUGACGAGCCCUGGAGGAAGCAAAAACCGAAGAAGAACCCCUAUCGCUAUUACUGA